AUGGGAUUGGAGUUGAGAGACCUGGAAGAGGCAAAUGUGAGCUGGAGUCACCCGAAUGUUAAUGCUGCAGCGGUGGCUCCACAGCUGGAGCAGCAAGCAGGAUGCUCCCGGAUGGCGCAGGAGUACCACAGGUGGGCUGGCUCCCCCUCCGGGUGGCCCGUAAGGAACGGAUGGCGCGUGUCCCGGGGAGGCCAGCGUCCUGAACCCCGAGUCUCUUCGGGAAGCCGGGCGCUGUGGUUAGUAGCAGACUUCCUUCCUCUGAAAUGUGAUGCUUGUGGGGAAGUCUUCUGUAAAGAUCACAUCCGUUAUGAUGACCACAAGUGUAGCUCUGCCUACAAGAAAAAUGUGCAGGUUCCAGUGUGUCCCCUCUGCAAUGCACCUAUCCCAGUACAGAAGGGGGAAAUACCAGAUAUUGUGGUUGGAGCCCACAUGGAUAAGGACUGCAAAUACAAUCCAGCCCAGCAGAAGCAGAGGAUCUUCACAAACAAGUGCUUAAAGCCAGGCUGCAAAAGGAAAGAGAUGAUGAAGGUAGUUUGUGAACAGUGUGGUGGCAACUUCUGCAUAAAACAUCGGCAUCCUCUGGAUCAUGACUGUAAAGGGAGCAGCCAUCCCACCUCCAAGGCAGGAUAUGCAGCUCUGAUGAGAGCCUCUCAAACUGCCUUCAAGUCAACGGGAGCAAUUGGAGUGCCAUCUAAUGGGAGUCUUCAGCACAACAGGUAUAAGCUGUAGAAUGAGAAAAAACAAACAAGAUUGUUUAAAAAUAGUCUUAUGUCAACACGGUGUAGGAGUGCCACUGUCAUACCACUAACUGCUCUAGAGUUGGCAGCUGAUCUUUGACCAGUGUUGGGAAUGUGGCAGAGGGGUUCUGACAGCACAAGUAAAUCUUCACUUCUCUGUACUGUAGUGAUUAAAAUAGCUAUAUUGACACAAGCAUUAGGACAUCAAAUUGUUGUAACAGCAGGCUGGUCUCCCGCCUGCUCAGUGUGAGGCUUAGUCAAGUUCUGGGAAAAUGGUAUACAGUCAUCAGAAUGCUGAGGAAAGGAUGGCAAGCAUCUGAAUUAAAA